ACGUAAACAUUAGUUACGGUCACUUUACAGCCAUAGCAUCUUGUUUUGUUUUAAUAAAUUUAGUUUUUAAUAUUUUUAAACGCACAAAUAACAAGAAGGAUAUAUGAUGUUGAGAUUAACAAGCUGCGCCCUGUUGUUGCUCACGCUAAACGUAUGCGGGAGCUGGGCCAUACGCUGCUACCAGUGCUCAUCGGAUCAAGAUCGCAAGGGCCAUGACAGCUGCGGUGCCUACAAAGCGUUCAAUCGCACCGAACACAUUUCCAUUGAGUGCAACAGCGAUGAAUCCCAUAUGCCAGGCUCCUUCUGCAUGAAGGUCAUACAGCAGGGACCACGAGGCUUUAUCUGGGACGGUCGCUGGCGCCAGGUAAUACGCCGUUGUGCCUCUGUUUCGGAUACAGGUGUCACAGGUGUCUGCAACUGGGGCGUCUAUGAGAAUGGCGUCUAUUGGGAGGAGUGUUAUUGUUCCAGCGACAGCUGCAACGGUUCCGGCUUAACAAAGAUUCACAAAUCUCUGCAGUUGCUGCUUGGCUUCGCAAUGAUGGCAGGCGUAGCCAAAUUCAUGCGCAGCUAGAGAGCUCGUCCAGCUGCCUUCAACAAAGUGCCUUCAGCUAAUUGGAAGCUCCUAUCAAACUUAGUUUAAGCAAAUUUUAUACACACCGCUACACAUUCCGUCCACCUUUUGUAUUUAAUUAUAAGCCACAACAGUUGUACACUUCGAAUCUCGAAAAGAAAUGAUAAAACUCAUGUUUGACAAAGCCAAAUGUAUAUAUAGU